UUUGCGCUGUUUGAGAUAACGUAUUCAAAACCCAAGUAGAGCGUUGUGUGAAUUUUACUCUACUGCCCAUCGGAUAACACUAAGACUCGAUACGAUAAGAUGAAUAUGAGAAUUUCGCCAAAUGAAUUGUUUAUUUGCAGGACGGUACGGUCGGCAUGGUCGGUUUGGUCGGCUCUGAGGUUUGUUCUGCAGGAUAACCAUUAGAAACAAUAUGACUCGAUCAAUUGUUGCUACGUAUUUAGCGCAACUGAGACAAAUCAGACUUUAGAUAUCUGUUUUGCCCCUGUUUGCGUCCGUAGCGUAAGAACUCGUAACCACGACAAAAUUGAGCGAGUUAACUUAACCUCAGCAAGUGGAAUUCGCAAAUUGUAGGAACCGAGAAGGUUGUGCUGAUGCAACCGAACGCAAGCUGUAGGGCGUCUCACAAUGCUGCAGGCAAGUGAACACGCGAGGAAGGCCUCAUGUAAAUCAACCAGGGAUUACCAGAUGUGGAAGGCUCUCUUUCCCAAAGGCUUGUGCGAAAUCGAGGAGAUUGAGAAAGAGGAGGUUUCCACUAAAUUGAUGCAAUCGCUGGAGCGGUUCAUGCGAGAGUAUCCAGCAAUUUGGAGUGAAUCAUCCAUGCAGCAUCUCCUUGUGGAAAUCGCUGAUACCCAAUAUGCUAGUUCAUCAAACAGUGUAGCUGAAGAGCGCUUGCAUACAAUCAUCAUGCACAUCUUGGUACCCAUGGCAAAGAUUAUGGAGGCUGAGCAAGGACAUAUGAAGGCCGAGAGACAAAAAAUUCACGAGGCAACACUUUCUUUGCAGAGAGUGCAAGACGAGUGCAAUAAUGCUCUUCUCGCCCUGACGCAAGAGCAUGACAGAUCAGCAAGAAUUGCAGCGGAGCAGGCUGGGAGGAGGCUGACUGAGAAGGAGAAACAAAUCCAUGGCAUGUUGCAAAAGCAGAGAGACACGCUAGUUCGGCUUGUGUGUGGAGGACCCAGAAGAUUCCUCCAUUGGGCGCGAGAGGAGAUUCAAUUCCAUGGCAUGGUCGAGCUUGAGAAAGACCUUGAGCAAGUGUGGUACUCCAUUUCGAGAGCCCUAUAUCACGAGGAGAAUACAACCCCCAACGCUCCAGAAUGUUCAAGCUGCACUUCUUACGAGCAAGGAAAGGACGAAGCGGCUCAGACCAAUCGAGCCGUCUUUAAAAAUGGUGAGAAAUCGUCAACGCUGCCAAUGUCGAUGACUGAUUUGGCGGUGAAUUUGCUUAGUCUGGUGGUCUCCGAAAUAUGGCAGCAGACGCUAGAGAGUUACGAAAGGGUGAAGAGUCCCUUUUCCCUGCCGUGUGCCAUUAUCGGCUUCUGGUUUGGCAUCGCAGCCCGCAUGACAUACCUGGCCUUGGUGACGUUAUGUCCGCAAGUGGUGUUCAGAGGACCAUACCCGGAAUGGCCACUUCAGUGACAACUUGAUUGACUAGCCUCCAAUGAUUGCAAUGAUCGAGAUUUCAAAGGGCUGCACUCACCCGAUCUUCACAGCCAAGGUUUGUGGGAAAGGCAAGCUGUUAUCAUCAACAAUUUUGUUUUCAAGUGGUACGCAUUUAGAAAAGUAAUCCCUAAUUGCAGAAUUCAAGGAAUUUAUUUUCGCUUCACCAAGACGAAUGUCCUUGUGGCGUAACUUGUGAGAAGAAGCAGAUGUCGUUGUAUGAGAAUAUUGAGGCAUCAUGAUUGUGAAUACUCCAAGCAUGUAGUGUAGUAGUACAGGUAAUGGGCGAGUGUUGAAGCGUUUGAGAGGUUGUAAGACCUUGUAUAUUUGGGUGUAGGUUUUUGUCAUAUAAAUAGGUAAUUUAUGAACAGGUAUAUAGACUCAUUGCAUUCCA